AGCAAAUCCUGUACAAGUGCCAAGCCAACAUAGACGUAUAUAAAUGCACGCGCAUGAGAGAAGAAGAUUUCGUUAUCCGUUUCCGAACGUUACAAACUCCUCACUUUACAAGGAAUGGCUUCUCUGCUGCUUCCAAUUGGUUCUGCUUUUGGCAAAAUUCUGUCUUGCAAUCAUCAAGGCAUUUCCACUGAUAAAGUUCAAGGUCUGGCUGUGAGAUGCUCAACAGUGGAUCUCAAAGCUGAAGCUUCAAGGGCAAGUGAAUUGAGGGAUGAGUUUAAUGUAAUUAAGCGUAGGGAUGUUAUUGGGUUCUUUUUCGGAUUGUCUAGCCUCUUUAUAGACUCAUUUCAAGCCAAGGGAGCUGGCUUGCCCCCAGAGCAGAAGCCAAGACUCUGUGAUGACACUUGUGAGAAAGAGCUUGAAAAUGUACCUAUGGUAACUACAGAGUCUGGUUUGCAAUAUAAGGACAUUAAAGUUGGUGAAGGCCCUAGUCCACCAGUUGGUUUUCAGGUGGCUGCUAAUUAUGUUGCCAUGGUUCCAUCUGGACAAAUAUUUGAUAGUUCAUUGGAGAAAGGCCUGCCUUACAUUUUUCGUGUCGGCUCGGGUCAGGUGAUCAAGGGACUUGAUGAGGGUAUCCUGAGCAUGAAAAUAGGAGGGAAGCGUCGACUUUUCAUCCCAGGAUCAUUGGCAUUCCCAAAAGGUCUCACUUCAGCUCCAGGAAGGCCAAGGGUGGCUCCAAGCAGUCCAGUUAUUUUCGAUGUAAGUUUGGAAUACAUACCAGGUCUUGAAGUGGAUGAAGAGUAAGAGAAUUCCUGUCCCCAUUCUUUCUCUUGAUCUUUUUGCCUUUUGUAGACGUAGGAUGUUGGAAAGAUGCCCAUGAUUUAAGUACUUAAAUUGUAAACUUCAAUUAAUUCUUUUUCUUUUUCAAAAAACAGCCUGCAAAAGCAGUGUUUCUUCA